CCAACGUCUGACAUGGAGCCGUCCUGCCCUGCCCCCCUCCCGACUCUGGGGCGAAGCUCCUCCCUGUGUUCAGCCAGCUUGUGAUCGCGCCAUCAGGCUUCUGUCGAGGCUUCCUCAGUCUGUGAUGCCCAGAUCCUUGACUCUCCCUGCGAUGCUGCCACCGCUGCUGCUGCCCCUGCUGUGGGCAGGGGCCCUGGCUCAGGAUGGGAGAUUCUGGUUGCGCCUGCAGGAGCGGGUGACGGUGCAGGAGGGCCAGUGCGUCCUCGUGCCCUGCCAAGCCGCCUACCCUGGGCCACGUUACACUGCGGGACGCACAGUUUAUGGCUCCUGGUUCAAGAAAAGGGAAACGUCUUCAGGUGUAGGUUUUGCUAUGGUGGCCACAAACCACCCAGGUCUCAAGGUGGAGAAGGAGACCCGGGGGCGAUUCUACCUGCUGUGGGACCCCCAGAACUACAGCUGCUCCCUGGACAUCAGAGACGCGCGCAGAGAGGACACGGGGACCUACUACUUCAGGGUGGAGACACAGAGUUCUGUGUUAUAUGAUUUUAUGAAUCAGCAGCUCUCUGUACAGGUGACAGCGCUGACCCACAGGCCGGACAUCCACCUCCAGCGGCCCCUCCAGUCCGGCCAGCCCAGGAACAUCACCUGUGCGGUGCCCUGGGCCUGUGGCAGGGGUGUGCCCCCCACCUUCUCCUGGACGGGGGUCGGCCUCAGCACCAUGGGCACCGACUCCCCGGUGCUCAUCCUCAGCCCGGGGCCCCAGCACCACGGCUCCAACCUCACCUGCCGGGUGACCUUCCCCGAAGCGGACGUGAGCACAGAGACCACCGUCCGGCUCAGCGUGGGCUAUGCGCCCCAGAACCUGACCAUCCAGGUGACCAGGGAAGAAGGCUCAGGACCUGAAGCCCUGGGCAACGGCUCCUCUCUCCCGGUGCAGGAGGGCCAGUCCCUGCACCUGGCCUGUGUGGUCCACAGCUACCCUCCUGCCAGGCUAAGCUGGCUCGGGGGGAGCCUGACCAUGAAGUCCUCUCCAAGCCUAAACCCCGUGGGUGCAGGAGGCGCAUGGGAGCAGCCCCAGACCCUGGAGCUGGAGCUGGCCGGGGUGCGCCUGGAGGACCACGGGAAACUCCUCUGCCGUGCUCAGAACCCCCUGGGCUCCCAGGAGGCCUCCCUGAGUCUCUCUGUGGAGAGUCCACAAGGAGCCAGGACGUGGGUGGUUCCGGGGGCCGUCGGGGGAGCAGGAGUCUCCGCCCUGCUCGUACUCUGCCUGGUCUUCUUCAUGAGCACCAGGGUGGAUCCUGGGCUGACAGCGCCCUACACCCCCGGGGCCUGGUGGUGUCCCCCUCAGAGGAGGAGCAGGAGCUGCAUUACGCCAACCUCGGGCUCCCCAAGGCGAGCCCCAGGGCCCUUCUGGUCCAGGAGACCCCCGAGUAUGCUGAGGUCAACGUCCGACAUGGAGCCGCCCUCCUCUGACCCCCUCCCGACGCUGGAGCCCCAAAAAGGCCUCUGAGGACAGCGGGUCCUGCGCUCCCUGCAGAGCUGACACCUCAGCGAGGUCAGAAAGGCGAGCUCGGGGCUCCUGGGACAGAUGGAGCCGGAGCUCCUGGGGUCACGCCCAGCCCAGCCGCUUAGACACGCGUCUCCGCUCACUCUCCGGCCUCAGCAACCUCCGCUGCAAAGUGGGUGCAUGUGCACAAGGCGGGAAAUGCACCCCGAGUUGCCACCUAGUCAGCUCCCCUCUCCCCCACGGCCCUUCUGCUUGGCUGUUCAGGAGCGUGUGGAGGUCCCAGUGUGACUCUGUUCCUCAGGGUCACUCUCUGGGGAGACCAGUUUCCUCAUCCAGCUAAACAUGCACAUAAACCCCGGCUGGGCUCUGAGGCCUCCCCAGUGUCUGAAAGCACAGAAGUAGGGGUGAGAGCCUCAGGGUUGAGGACGUCCUAAGUGAGAGGUGUCCCCCGGACAGGCCAGCGCCCCGUGAGCCGGGACAGGAGGCCCUGAAGAAACCAGCCCUUAGAGCCGGGGCCAGAGCGGACCCAGGAGGGGACAGGGAGCGGCUGGAGGAGGCGAUGCAGUGACAAAUGACUGGUCCCUCAGAUAAGCAUGAACAAGUUUGUCUUUCCCCUAUUUCUUGCCAUUCCCCCCUAGUUUGACAGGUUUGUCUUCUUGCAUUCCAAGGAGAGUAACGAGUAGAGCAAGUGCGCGCCCACCUGCCUCUGACGUGGCCCCUUCCCCUUGGCAGACCCUCGCCCAUCUCCCCCUUUGUUUAACUUUUGUAUAAAGACACUGCACCCUGCCCAGGAGCAGGACGGCUGUCCCUCAGACAUGAGGCUGCUGCCUCCUCCUCUGUCCACAAAUUAAACCACUUCUCUUUUC